CCUACUUCAGUUUUAUACAAUAAAGAGAAUUUAUUGAAAAUAGUGUGUUAUAGAGUGAGUGUUACUAACCAUUAUGUUUUUCUCAAGAGAGUUUCUCCUCUCUCAUAUUGCACCUGUUUUCUUCUUUAUCAUCUGAACCCCACACACAUACACACUAUCUCUCUCUAUUCCAACAACAGAACCAAGGUGAACAGAUGUACAUCCACAGCUUUUGAAAGCAAUUGCAGUUAUAUAGAAUCUGUAAAAAGCAAUGAUUAACCGAAUAGGAGUUGCAGUGGUGGUGAUUCUCAUAGGGUGGGUUUAUAUGGCCUUAAAGCCGCCUCCACCAAAAACAUGCGGAUCCAUUAAUGGUCCUCCAGUUACUUCACCUAGAGUGAAACUCAGUGAUGGGAGACAUUUGGCCUACCGGGAGUUUGGCUUUUCAAAAGAAGAAGCUAGGUACAAGAUCAUUGUCAUUCAUGGAUAUGCCAAUUCUAAAGAUACACACUUGCCUGUUUCUCAAGAACUUAUUGAUGAUCUUGGGAUAUAUUUCCUCCACUUCGACAGAGCAGGUUAUGGUGAGAGUGAUCCAUAUCCAUCACGUUCAGUUAAGAGUGAAGCAUAUGAUAUUCAAGAACUAGCAGAUAAAUUGCAGAUUGGGAAAAAAUUCUAUAUCAUUGGAAUGUCAUUGGGUGCUUACUCUGUUUGGAGCUGCCUAAAAUACAUUCCACACAGAUUACUGGGAGCAGCCUUGGUAGUUCCAUUUGUAAAUUAUUGGUGGCCAUCUUUUCCUAAUAAUCUAUCAAGAGAGGCAUUUCAAAUGCUCCCCCAAUCAGACCAAUGGACAUUUCGAGUUGCACAUUACACACCUUGGUUAUUCUAUUGGUGGAUGACUCAAAAUUGGUUCCCUUCAUUGAGUUUCACAAAUAUUGAAUUCUUUCCUUCUGUUGAUGUAGAGAUCCUUAAGAGCCUCUCAGAAACCCCAGACACUGGCCAGGAGAAAAUAACUCAGCAAGGUGAAUAUGAAUCAUUACACCGAGACAUAAUGGCGGGUUUUGGAAAGUGGGAAUUUGGUCCAACAGAGAUAAGAAAUCCAUUCCCUGAGAAUGAUGGUACAGUCCACAUUUGGCAAGGGUUUAAAGACAGGAUCAUUCCCUAUACGCUGAACCGCUACAUCUCACACAAACUUCCGUGGAUUCAUUAUCACGAGCUUCCUGACGGAGGUCAUCUGUUUAUCUUUAAGAAAAAUCACUGUGAAUCCAUAAUUAAAGCACUUAUACUCUCAUAAGGUCUUUCAUAUCAUAUGAUAUGUAGUGUCUGUAGAAAACUACUAGUCUACACUCUACUUAUAGUCUUGUGCUUGUCCAUGCUAUAUAGUUACUUAGCUAGUAAAUUCUAUAAGAGAUUGCAAUAUAUGUUUAUGAAGUGGUGUAAAGAGUGUAUUAAGACUAAUUCUAUGAUGUACAAGGAUAGGAGGUAUAGACCUUGUAAGUUAUUUUUUUUGACAAACAAUAAUUAAAUUAUUGAAUUGUGAACCAAUGUUUUAAUUGGAGA